UUCUCACCACCGCCAGCAAUCGCAGCACCCACUCAAUUAGCCUGGAUAUCCGCUAUAAAAUAUAUUGUAGCACGAUAGUCACUCUAUUCGAAGUUUUGAACAAUAUCAUCAGCGCUGCGUAGGCCGCCGUGGCCUCGGCCUGUCGAAAGACGCAUCGAUCGCAUCGCAUCGCAUCACAACAAGAGAUUCAGCUGCCAUCAUGGCUUCUACGCCCAUGGAUCUCGAUCAUCCCGCUGGCUCAAAUGGCUCUGCGGCGCUCAAUAUAUCGAGGAAUCUGGCCGCCAGCGCGCCCGUGUCCAAUCUCAGCGACGUCGUCUCCAGCUUUCGCCCGACAAAGCUGCUACGGCGCGAAGAUAUAAAAGAUGGAAAGCCCCAGCCUCGAGUCCUGUCAAUUGACUACGAUGACGAUGGAGAGCUGCUCAUGACGUCGGCGAGCGACGAGACGAUCCAGAUAUACAACGUGCGAGAGGGUCGGCAUGACAAGAGCUUGCUGAGCAAGAAGUACGGCGUCAAGCUGGCCAAGUUUACGCAUACUCGCUCUAGUAUCAUCUAUGCGAGUACGAAACAGAACCAUGCUAUCCGAUACCUUGCUACUCACGACAACUCCUUUAUUCGCUACUUUGAGGGCCACGAUGCUGCAGUAACGGCGCUUGCCGUCCACCCGGGCACCGACAACUUCAUAUCAUGCUCACAGGACAACACUGUCCGCCUUUGGGAUACACAGACGAAAAAUUGGCAGGGCCAGCUUUUCCUUAAAUCGCCCUACCUCGCUGCAUACGAUCCCUCAGGCACGGUCUUUGCCGUUGCAUGUCCUAGCAGUGGCUCUGUCCUGCUGUACGAUAUCCGAAACUAUGACAAGGCACCAUUCACCACCAUCGAUGUCGUCGAGCAGUGCCGCGGCGUUGACUCGCAGCAUCUCGUCAAGGGGUGGACCAAGCUCGAAUUCUCAAAUGAUGGCAAGUCUAUUCUUGUGGGCACAAAGGGCCGCGGACACUUCCUCCUCGACGCCUUCCAGGGCAAUCUGAAGGCAUAUCUCCGACGGCCGGCGGGAGGAACACGCCGACUGGCUGCGGGCGAAAGUCUUCCUACAAAUGGCGCUGGCCCGAGUUCAACGGAUCCCAGUGCGUUUGAGAGCAGUGGAGAUUGCUGUUUUGCGCCAGAUGGACGAUAUGUGCUGAGCGGUGGCUCGAAGCAAGAUGUGCUGGUAUGGGAUACACUGAAGCAGCCGUCGGAGAGCAAAAUUCUCGAACCAACAUGGACGCUGCCGGAUAAGAGAGAGGCGGCUGUGCUUGCCUUUAACCCGCGGUUCAACUUUUUCGCAACGGCGGAUCAAGAUCUGGUGCUUUGGUUACCGGAUCCUCAUGCAUAAAAGCCAGGAGGAGGCAGUGGACAUUUCGAACACAUGGAUCUAGUUUCUACAAACGGUGACGGCAUUUCUAACUCUCUUAUUUGAAAUAGAAGGAGAACAAAAGGGGGCCCUGUAGAUACCCGGCGUCGUGAAAAGUGGCUCAAGCGAUGGGAUUGACUGCUUUGCAUUUUAACAAUUUUUUUGUCUUCUCAUGCAUGGAUAUAGACGCUUCAAUCGUUGAUUAAUAAGGCUCAAAUUACUUGCAAGCGGCAGCGCUGUGUGAUAAAGGUUAACCAUCUGUCUCACCGUUGCUAUACCACCAAUCAAUCUUCCAGGCACUCAUUAUAUAUAUCCAACAUGAGGUUGAUUUAUAGCUCUUGAGAUGCGGAUGUGCCUGUCGGUAAAACUUCUUGCUGCAUAAUUGGCCGUGUUAUUAGCCUUUAAAGCAUUCUCUAGACUCCACUGCACCAGCAGAGAUAUAUUGAUGGUUUUAUCUUGGG